GGUGAUAAUGGCUUUGUCCAUAACAUUAAUAAGAUAACAAUCGCAGCAGCAGUCAUAAACAGAAGCAGUGAUUUAACAUUUGCUGAAUGAAUGGCUGCAUGUUAGGUGGGCUCUAGUCAGGGUGUGGAGAUGGAGCCCUCAGCAGGAUAUUUCUUUGGUUCCUAUUUACUCCCCACAGUCUGCUCUGUGACUCCUAGCCCCAAGGCUAAAGAUUGAGAUUUGUUGCUGGGGAAGAAGGGGAGAAGGGAACUUGGACAGGUAAUUAGCAGUGUCUGCUACAGCGAUUUUCUCAAGACAGCAAGCUGGGCUUGAAAUCAGAUUCCAUCAUGCCGACUAAAAUAAGAAAGGCUUUACUGUCAGAGCAACAUAAGCAAACGUACAGAGAGACGAGUCUGUGGCUCACGUGGGGAGCAGUGGGGUCUAGAGUUGCGAGAGUGGGAGACAGCCCCCGGUGAUUGAGUGGGGUGCCAUGGGGGGUUCUGGUGCCCAGCAUCGUGAGCGGUCAGAGCCAGAGGUGCCGCGACUGUGAAAUAACCCAGUUCUCCCCUGUGGUUCCUCUCUCUCGCUGUGUCUCGGUGACGUUGCUAUUCCUGUUGUCAGCCUUUCAGAAAGAGGAAUCAGGCUAGGUGUACGCACACAGACCGUGAGCAGGAUGCCCAGAUUUGCUCUGCUUGAAGCCCACCGCUGCCAGCCUGCCACGGAACCUGACACUCUAUGACUGAUACGUUCUUCUGGGUCAUUCCCAGCCGGCGGUCACUGUGUGAAUGAUGAGGGGAGGGAGAUGCGCCGGGGAAGGGCAGCAGAGGGCAGAGCUGUUUCUGGUGUCGGCGUUAAGGUGGCCCCUCCGCGGUCCCAGCCUGGCCCCGUUGGCUCCCUGCCGCAGGUCAGAGGCCGCCCGACCUGCUCAGCACGACCUUCACAGCCAGUCUGCAGCCACGCCUUCCGAGUGUCAAGUGAUACCCAGGAAAAUUGACUUUAUCACUUUAUUGCUUUACUGUCCUUUGAUAUAUCACGAUUAUAGCUGCUUCAGUAACCACGCGUUCUUUGUGUCAAGUAAUUUUGUGCGAAAAAUCUUGCAGCCUGCUUUUCACUUAAUUGCCAGUGAAGAUGAUGAUAUGACCCCAGAGACGACGGGCCGUGAAUUUACCCGUUUUUCUGAAACACCAAGUGAACAAGGAACUUGCUUUAGUGAAAUGUCCACAGAUCACAAUGUAGGGGAGGGCUGGACAUCGAAUUCAGAGAAACUGGGGAGGCUGGGGUCGGCUCAGCAAAGCAGCCCUGCUCUUUCGUUUUUAAUAGUGAAGAAUGACAUGGGAGAAAAGCGUCUUUUCGUGGAUCUAGGAGUUUACACAAGGAAUAGAAACUUCCGACUGUAUAAAUCAUCAAAAAUAGGAAAGUAUGUGGCUUUGGAAGUUGCUGAAGAUAACAGAUUCUGUCCUACACAAUCGAAGAAUAUUUCCAAAGAAAAUCAGUACUUCCUGUCGUCUUUGGUCAGCAAUGUUAGAUUUUCAGAUGCUUUACGAAUUCUGACAUGUGACAUACCUCAAAGUAAACAGCGAAUUCAGUGUUUGAAUCGUACCAGUACUUCAGUAGAAACCAUUGAAGGUUUCCAGUGUUCACCUUACCCUGAAAUUGAUCAAUUUGUUCUCUCACUGGUGAACAAAAAUGGCAUUAAAGGAGGAAUUCGGCGGUGGAACUACUUUUUCCCAGAAGAACUGUUGGUUUAUGAUAUUUGUAAAUACCGCUGGUGUGAAAACAUUGGAAGAGCCCAUAGGAGCAAUAACAUCAUGAUUUUGGUUGACCUGAAAAAUGAAGUUUGGUAUCAAAAAUGUCACGACCCUGUCUGCAAAGCAGAAAACUUCAAAUCUGACUGCUAUCCACUGCCUGCUGAAGUGUGUCUUCUGUUUCUUCUCAAAGAGGAAGAGGAGUUUGCAACAGAUACAACGGCAAACGCUGAAACCAAGGGUCCUCACGAACCAUCAGCUAGCGUGUCGUCAAAAGGUGCGUGUCCUGAUGCUGACUGGGAUAAUGGCCUUGACGAUACUUGCAUUUUGGAGGCUACAGAAGAUGCUGAAUUAGCAGAAGCUGCAGAGAACAGUCUUCUUGCUUACAAUGGGAUGGAUGAAAUUCCUGAUGAACUACUAAUAGAAGUAUUACAAGAGUAGCUAAUUAUGGACACUGAUAUAACUAGGCUAUAAUCUGCAUGAAGGCAGAUUUAGUACCAUUAAAUUAUAGUAACUUAUUAAAUAAGCCUGUUAUACCAACUGUUUUAUUUAUCACUUUACUUCCAAAUCUUAUUUACUGAAAUAAACCAGUUUUACUGAAAA